CCAAGAAUCUGUGGUCCGUCGUUGAGUCAGUCGGGGGGUGAGAGUCUGAGUGGUGAGGAGUGGAACUGACUUUCGGUUGUACGCCUUCCACCAUGGUUGAAUUACGUAGUGGCAAGAGCACCACCCCUUAUACAAAAGCUCAGGAAGAGCAAGCUGCCGCCGUACUUCAAGAAAGAAAAGAGAAGGAGACUAAGAAGGAGUUGAUUAGGCAGGCCAAGAAGUUGGCCUUACAGGAGGAGCAUGCGGCGAAGAGGAAGAAGUUGGAAGAGGAGAUGGAGAGAUUGAAGAAGGAGGAGGAAGAGAAGAUGAAAGCAGUAGAAGAAGAAGAGAUAGAAGAGGAAGAGGAGGAGGAGGAGGAGCCCUUGAUCAGAAGAAGCGCAGGGCAGAGAGGAGAAUCCAGUGGCCCUAAGAAGGAGGAUUCAUGGAUGGAGAAAAAGGUCUCUGAGUGGGUGGCAAAUUUGUCACUGGGGGAAGAAGAAGAAGCCAUGUUGUAUGUCCCCAGGGAGGAGAAAUCCGCACGCGGAAGCCGUAAACAAAAGAAAUACGUCAACGAUGUUAAUGAUGAUCAAGUGGAACCAUAUCCUGGAGACCACUCGUCUGUCUUACCAACCAAGAACUUCAAGAUAGAGUGGGCAGAAGCCUCGCAUCUGAAAAGGCUGCAACAACUCGAGGAGUUCUUCUCAACGGCACGUAAAUAUCACUCCAAUCAUCUGCGAGCUACAUUGGAUCGUCUCAAUGAUGUGAGGAAGCAUGCAUGCUCUGUCCCUGCAAUUGCUGCUGAGGCUAGGGAAUGUGCUAUCAAAGAUGCUUUCCUGUGCUCACUGCAUGAGUUACAGAGUCUGACGACUGCCAAUACUGUCUGGACGAGAGCAGAGGAGAGGGCAAUGCGAUCCAAGAGAGCGUUAGAGCUACAAAAGGUUGAUUUGUCCCCUCCAGAGUAUUUGUCAUCAGGUCUCGUCAGCAAGGCAAAACACCCGGACAAUCAGGAGUCGAUUCGUCUGGACUAUGUUCCGUAUGCCAUUGACGCCUUCUUGUGUGACCAGAAAGGGUUCGAUCCUCUGGGUAUCAUUAUCAUUGUUGAAGCGGCAAGGUGGAUUGCCAGAGGAUGUAAGACUCUCAGAGAACUUAUCGUCACUCUGUGUCAGCGACUUUCGUCACUCAACUACGUUGCCGAUCGAAAGAGGCAUCCACACGUUCUGCCGAUUCUGCGCUUUCUUCAACAAGGAUCGACUAUGUCUCCCAGGGAGCUCCAGACUCUGGAACACCGCUUCGGACUCGUACCAAAAGUCAAACGCCAUUGGGAAUCGAUUGUCGAUUGCAGCAAAGCGAUGGGGAUGAAAGGAGAACGCGCGGGAGGAGCAGGAGGAGGACGACAAAGAGGAGGAGGAGAGGAAAGAGGAGAAAGUGAGCAGGAGGAGGAGGACAAAGAGGAGGAGGAGAGGAAAGAGGAGAAAGAGAAGGGGGAGACCAAGUUGAUGUUGGACUAAGAGAGGACAGAAUGCGACAGCCGAG